GCCGAGCGCUUUCAACCGACGCACACGCGGAGCUCAGUGGUUGUUGAUGAACUCACAUGUUGCUGUUGGGCAGAAAGAGAACAUUCCUCCACAUGUAGCUGGCAGACUAACGGAACAACACAGUAUUUAACCGGGAUGUCGGCGUCGUUGAUCAGAAGAGGCCUGGAGCUGCUGAGCGACGACAUUAAAGAUGUCAGUAAAGGGAAGCAGAAGAAGAAGCAGCAGACUCCCAGUUCAGCCACAGUGAUGGAGCUGGUGAGCACCAAGCGGCAGGGAGUCACCAAGCAGGUGAAGAGGCUGCAGGGCCGCCUCGGUCCCGGGAAGAGCAAAGCCACUGUCAAAGACAAGAGGAUCAAAUCUGCAGUGGAGGAGUUCAGGAAGAAACAGGGGAAGAGCCAAUUGAGUGCUAACCUCAAGUACUUCAUGGGAACUGGCUUCAAAGCAACAGAUUCUGAUACACUGAAGAUUGUGAAUCAACUCCCAGGAAGACAGUCCAGAAAUCGCCCAGACAGACCUGCCAAGAAGGCGAAGGAGACACAGUCUUUGUUCACUGAGGAGGAGUUCCAGCAGUUCCAGAAGGAAUACUUUGGCAGGACUGUCGAGGAGAAGAAAUAAAGCACAGAGACGCAGCCAAGACACUGCAGCCACAGUUGAAGCUCCUGUUGUGGAGGUUUCAACUUAUCAAUACACACCAUACAGUCAGGAUUGUUGUUCCUUGGUUUUCCUUUAAUGUGCACAAAAUCGCUUUCCUGCAGCAGGAGAGACAGUCACUGUGAUAUACAAGAUGUCAGAGGGAGAACCUGCCCAGUGAGGCAGGCAGCAGUGCUUCCUUGUUAUCUCUAAUACAGUGAAUUUCCACUACUCACCAGGUCUGCUUUUUCUGGGUCAAAGUGGAUCUAAGUAUGUUCUGGAAGUUGGUUUCUCUUCAUAUGUACUGCAGACACAUUCUCUUGCAUACGGGAAAUAUGGAGUCUUCAGUGUUUUUCCUGCCAAAAGCUUCAUCAUGGCCAAAAUGAUUGGUUGAAAUUCACUUCAAGAGGUAUUUUUUGCAAAACUUACUGUAGAUGCUUCAAAUAUGUGCAUUCAGUAAAAGCAGGGCAUACUUAAACAAUGCAAACCUGAUGUUGUAGUCAUACUUAUGUAAUUUUAUUGUCACACAUUAAAAUAUUUUUGUCAAAAAAAGAUGCAAAAUUACAAGAAAUUUAUUGAAUUUAUCAAA